AUGCUGGAUGAGCGGCUCAAGGGCAAGGUACGCAUACCGAAUCGCAUGCUAGCUUUGAGUACACUUGAUGAGUUUACGAAUUUCAAGGUUGCCGUAGUGACCGGUGGUGCUUCUGGCAUUGGCCAGUGUGCUGUCCAAUGUCUACGAUCCAGAGGAGCAAAGGUCGCCUCUUUCGACAUCACGCAGAUGGCCGCCUCAAACGAUCAAGAACUACUCCUCGUCAGGUGCGAUGUAUCGGAUGAAGCGCAAGUCGAAAACGCUGUGGCGAUGGUGGCAGCCCAGUGGGGACGCAUCGACAUUCUCGUCAAUUGCGCUGGUGUAUUGGACCGCUUUGGUAAGUUCCUAUCAGGAUAA